AUGCUGGGGAGGCUGCUGGGGCACAACCCUGGGCUGUGGCAGCAGGUGGCUCAGCCCAUCCUGCGCUCCACCAGAGCUGCUGGAAGCAAAGCAAGGAACACCCAAGACAUGGCUUUGCAGAUGGCUGAUCCAGGUAAAGAAGCUUUCAGGAAUGAGAGAAGGCCUACAAAUUUUGACAAAAAGGUGCUAGUAUGGUCAGGAUGUUUUAAAAAGGAGGAAGACAUUCCCAGGCACAUAUUGUAUGAGGUCCUCAACACUGCAAGGAACAUUGUCAGGAUAAAGGUUUGUUACAUCAUGAUUGCACUGACUGUGCUGGGCUGUGUGACCAUGACCAUCAUAGGCAAAGAAGCUGCCAAGAAGGAUCUGGUGCUGCUGAGGGUGAAUACAGAAAAGAAGGCUAAAUGGAGGGCUGAAGUAAAGAAAGGUCAGGAGGCAGCUGUUGGAAUUAUUGUCAUGAAAGUCAUCUAG